AUGCUAAGGGUAAGAUCUAUAGCUAUUCUUCAGAGAAGAUUACUAUCUCAAGUUUCUUCUACUACAAAUCCCACUCAUUCUAAUGCACCCACUUUAAAUGUGGAUCAGCCUGCUUCUCAGAGAGAUGUACAAGGUAAUAAUAUGAACCGAACUUUGGCACAUAAGAGGAAUAAAUAUCAAUAUUCUCAGACAAGAGAUAAUACAGAUCCAAGAUCAUCGUUGACAGCCAAAUUGAAUGAAGAUAUAUUAUCUGCUUCAACUAUUGAUACGCAACGUGCUAUUAAAUGCUUGAAGGAUUGGGCUCAGAAAAAUAUCUCUCAAUCUGACAACUAUUAUUAUCCGUAUAGAAACUCGGAAUUGGAAUUCACUCUAACUGAUGUAAUUAAUCGAAUCAUUAAAAACAAAGACUCCAUUACCAAAACGAGUCCAAAUCCGGACGUGGUGAAAAAUAAUGAUCCAUAUUUAAUCUUAGACUCGUUAAUCUCUUUAAAUUUAGCCACUAAACAACAUUUCUAUUUGGUUUGGGAGAAUUUAUUAUUUGUGGAUAAAAAUUACAAAGAUGGGCUGGCAUUAUGGAUUAGAUAUUUAGAAACCUCUAAAACUAACUCUUAUUCAUCCAAGAAUUCGGAUAGUAAAGCUAUUAGUUUUACAUUUUUAUCUUAUCUAUUACAAUUGCAUUCUGAAAAACUAAAUCCAGAUUAUAACUUUAUUAAAGCAUACUUGCAUCUAAAUAAUAUUACGGAAAAUACAACAACUGAUGUAUCGAGAAAAUCUACGAAAAAACUAUCUUCCAAAGAAAGCUCAGUGGAUAAUUAUUUAACAAAUAACCUGCAAAAAAUUAAAAAUGAUAAAAAUUUGCUACCAUGGACAUCAAUUUUCAACAUGAUAGAUGCUCACAAACAUAAAUUGAAUUCACAAGAUAUCGAUUUAAACCGUGUAAUUCAAAAAAUUUAUCAGCAAUUUGUAAUUGAAGAGGAAGAUGUCUAUCUAGACUAUUUAGAUAACAUCACCAAAUUCCAAACAUUAAUGAGGCACUAUAAUUGUUAUUUUGCAAGUCUAGACACUGCUAAACCUGAAGUAAUUGAACAUUACUUUAAAUUAGUGAUUUAUAAAUUCCAUCGUAUGGCUUCUCUUUUCAAGCUAUAUUCUGUUAUUACAAAAGAAGCUAACAAUUUACUUACCCCAUCCAUUAAGAAUUGUUUAUUAUCAGCUAUUUCAUUGCAAAAUUCCAAGGAUUCUAAAGAUAAAUGCUUAGCUAUAUGGAAUGAUAUUAUUGAUGUUAAAGAUUCAAAUGCUUAUGUACACUUAUUUGAAUGCUUCUUACGUUUGAAAUUUCCCAAGGAACUUAAACAACUUUAUGAAAAUGAACUACCAGUUGAAUUUAAAUCAAUAGAUAAAUCAGAUUCCGAUAUCAUAGCUUUAACAACUAAUCAUAUUAAAAAUGAUAUUGACGUCGAAAGAAACAGGAAUAUUUUCCUCUUAAAGGUCUAUUACGAAAUUGCAAAAUAUGAACUUGAAGGAAAAUCCGUUGAUCUAGAUGUUAAGGCUUUAUUAAAUAAUGACCUGUCGAAUUUUAAAUUUUUAAAUGAACAAUUAAUCGAGUAUCUUUUAUUAAAACUAAUACUUGUCAAAAAGGGAGAUAAAUUUAUUAAUUUUGAACAGUAUAAGGAAUGCUAUAAAUUUGCUCAACAAAAUUAUUUUAUUUCAUCGAAUUUACCUAUAUUCUUUGCCAUUGAUUUUUAUUCAAAAUUAAUUGAAGAUUCACAAAAUAAAUCAUCCACAACUAUCUCAAAAUCUAACCCAAAUACAGCUUCAACUUUGAAAUCUCUAUAUCCUUCAACCUUCAAACUUUUAAAUAAUUAUGACAAUUACGGAUUAUUAUUUUCUAAUUUGAAAAGGGUAUCAGAUGCCGGAAAUAGGAUUAAAUACUUAGAGCCAUUAUGCAAUAUACUUUUACAAUGCCUAAAUUCUAAGUCAAAUACAGAUAAUUCGUUUCCUUUGCCAUUUAAGUAUCCAUUACUAUACGCUUUACGUGAAUUACUUUUAUCUGAUUAUAUCACGUUGGUUCUAAGAUCAAACAUUUCUAAGGAUCCAGGAAACUUUAAUAAUUUAAUGGACACACUAAAGUACUAUUAUUAUUUAUUUGAAGAUAAAAACUCCGGAUUAAAACCAGAUAUUCUUAACAAGAUUAUUAAAUUGUUAGCAAUUGCAAACUUUAAACCUGCCUCUAGCCAUUACAAAUUUGUCAUUGAUUUUAUUCAAUUACUAUAUACCAGCAAAUUUAAACCACGAUCAUCAUAUUGGACUACAUUAUCCACCAAUCUUCUAGGUAAGGAUACCUAUUAUAAAGAAAUGGCAAAUUUUCAUAGUUCGAAGACAGCUACCGAAGCAAAGUCGAAUGAUAUUAUACACAAUGUUGAAGAUACAACUUCAAAGGAAGAUUUAAAUGAGGCUCAUAAUGGAAAUGUUAGAGAAACAAAAGCUUUGUAA